UCAACUAUACAGCUAGCUGCAUAUGUGGGACUGAACAUUUAUAUUAACCGCUUGUUUUACUUGACAGAGAAUCGUUUCGAAAUAUGGACCAUAAUGGCCUUCCUGGUCAGAUGAUCUUGAAAGUUUACCUUAGCAACAGCCCAGACACAUUGUCCGAUGUGCCCAUCACCCCUGAGACGAGAUGCCGUGAUGUGGUGGAGCUCUGCAGGGAAGCAGGAGAGGUCCAUUGUCAUCUGGCAGAGCUCUGGAGAGGAUGUGAACGUCCCAUUGACGAUGAAGAGAAGAUCUAUGAUAUUCUGCAGCAGUGGGGAAUUCAUCGCAAUGAGGUCAAGUUUUUCUUGAGGCAUGAAGGAGCCAACGCGGAUGAACAAGGUAUGAAUAUUAUAUUUCAAGUUCUAUUAUUCUUUGUCUCUCAAAUUAAAAUUACUAUGUAUGUUGCCUUUGAAAAUGGUAUUGGCUGAUGGGAACCGUUACCGUACUAUUGUCAUCACAUGUGGCAAAAUUAACAAAAAAGUAAGUUUUUAA